AUGUGUGUAUUACUAUAUAUUUUCCUUGUAUUAUUGUCUGUUAUUACAAUAUGCGGAAACUUUCUUGUAAUAAUCUCCAUCAUUUACUUCAAACAGCUCCACACUCCUACAAACUAUCUUAUUCUCUCUCUGGCUGUGGCUGACCUGCUUGUUGGGAUUGUAGUCUUUCCUUUCAGCAUGGCAUUCUCUCUCAGCUCAUGUCUGUAUCAUGAAGGUUUAUUUUACAGGUAUUAUGCAGUGUGUCAGCCUCUGACAUAUAGAAGUAAAAUAAACCAUUGUGUUGUUGUGAUCAUGAUCCUGGUGAGCUGGGGUAUUUCUGCUCUAAUUGGAAUUGGUGUCAUAAUAGCUGGUUUAAAUAAUGAAAAAUGUGAGGACAGGUGUUUAAUUGAUGUUCUCAUGGCAAACACUAUUGGACCUAUUUUCUCAUUUUACCUUCCAGUGAUCAUAAUGCUCUGUAUCUACCUAAAGAUUUUCCUUGUUGCACAGAGACAGGCUCGCAGCAUCCACAACACAAACUGUCAGAGCACAAAGUCUGGAGCAACUGUCAGUAAGAUGGAGAGAAAGGCCACCAAAACUCUGGCUACUGUUAUGGGAGUUUUUCUUUUAUGUUGGACUCCUUUCUUUUUUUGCAUCACCUUUCUGCCUGUUUCUAAUAAUUCAGUACCAGUUCCUGUGAUUGAAACACUUAACUGGCUGACAUUGUCAAAUUCAAUGCUGAAUCCAUUUAUUUAUGCUUUCUUUUACAGUUGGUUCAGAUCAGCGUUUAGAAUGAUCAUUUCUGGAAAAAUAUUUCAAGGUGAUUUUGCCAACUCAAAACUGCAUUAA